ACGGCUUGCAUAUGUAGCAUGCUAUUAGGCUAUUAGGGGAAGUGGGACUUUGAUGUGGUGUGUUGGCUUGCAGCGGGCUGCCUGCCGCUAGGGGCACGGCCCGGAGGUAUGCGAUGUUGCAAUGUAGUUCUGCUGCUGCUGCUGCCCACGCUACUUUAUGGGCGCAAGCUCACGCGGAGUCGCAGCGAUCUUGAGGAGAAUGCAUCGCCAGCUGAGUUUCGUUUGAAGCUCAAGGCCAAAGGUUUUGUGAAUCCUUCCACAACCAUAGCAGAAGUUGGCACCAUUCGUGUCCUUGAUCCAGCUGGCCACUGUGUAAACUGUGCAAGUUCCAACAACUGCACAACAGAGGAGGAGGUCUUAAGCAAGGAGACCGGACCCGAACGAGCAUGCAGUGGCAACAUGAAGUUGGGCCAGAAAUUCAGCUGGAAAGUUUCUGACAAGGAAUACGAUCUGCUGAUGAUUAUGCCCGCUCGUGAUUUAGGUUCGGCAUUGAACUUCCAGAUCCAGAUUUCCUCAGCAGUGGAUAUUUCAGGACACAAUAGCCCAGAACUGGCUGGCAGGCAAGUGACACAGUGGCUGGCACUGGCCUUCCUUGGCAACUCAAAGCACAAUUUUUGGUACAAGAUUGGAGUGUCCCUCAACGGAGACUUCUCGAACGGCGUGCAAAGCAUCCCUGCAAAAGUCACGCUGCCUGAGGGGGCAGAGGAGAUCUUUGAGGGUGUGUGCACGAGUCCAAGAGACAAGUCCGAGUACAUUGUGAUGGAAAGAGAUUUGUCGAAAGACAAGUUUGCCGUCUCUGCAAUUUGUGCACCAGAUUGUGCAGGAACGGCAGUUGUCGAAAAAUGUCGAACAGACACCGAUCCAUAUAUUUUGAAGGGAUGCCAUGCAGAGGUUUGCACCAGCCCAGAUGAUUCGCUUUUGGAAGCUUUCGAUCUCACUGUGGUCAGCUUGGAGCGCAGAUCCUUUGAAGUCUUGGUUCGGUGCAAUCCAACAAAGGCUUCUGGCACAGCCACGGUGAAGAAGUGCAGCAUGCCAAAUCAACCCUAUGUGAUUGAAGGCUGUGGCGUGACCACCACCACGUCAACGAGCAGCACAACAACAACCACAACGACCACAACCAGCACCAUAACAUUCACUACGACAACGACAGUGACAACAACGAGCACGACAACAGCCACGUCUACCACUACCUCAACCUCCACCACCACAGAUACAACUACCACUACGAGCACCACCACCACCACGUCGACAACGACCACAACCGUGACAAGCACCACCACCACAACCACUACCAGUACAAUUACAUCCACCAUAACCAGCACUAGUACUGUUACUACUACAACAACAGAAACUGUCACAACCACAACUACUAGCACAACAACCACGACUUCUACAACCACAAGCACAUCCACGUCAACAUCGACAACUACAACAACGUCCACAAGCACAUCCACGAGCACUGUCACCACGACGUCCACCCAGACGACAACAUCGACCACCACCAUUACCACAACGUCAACCAUCACUAGCACAAGCACUUCCACCAGCACCAGCACGACUACCACAACAACCACAACAACCGUGACAAGCACAACCACCACCACUACCACUUUCACAACCACUACCACUACCACCACUACCGUCACAACCACAACUACAACGACGACAACGACCACCACCACAACCACAACUUCCACAAGCACCACAAGUACAUCCACAGUCACCUCGACCACAACUGUGACAACAACCACCACGAGCACAGAGACAACCACAACAACGACUACAAGUACAAUUACUUCGACCACCACAACAAGCACUACAACUUCCACAACGACAUCAACGACCACCACCACGACUACAAUGACCACCACAACAACAACCACUUCAACGACGACGACAACUACCACUUCAACAACCACCACAAGCACAACAACUAGCACGACUACAAGUACCUCAACUACUACCACGACUUCAACAACCACUACCACAUCCACUACCACAACAACUACAAGCACAACAACAACUACGACUACAACUACCAGCACUAUCACGACGACAACAACUACCACAACUACCACAUCAACCACUACUACAAGCACCACAACCAGUACGACCACCACCAGCACCACAACUACAACCACAACCACAACUACCACUACCAGCACAAGCACAACAACGCUUACGACCACAACAACUACCACGUCUACGUCAACUUCAACAUCGACAACCACGAGCACCACCACAACGACCACAUCAACAACAACGACUACAACCACCAGCACAUUUACCACUACAACAACCACCAGUACAACAACUACCACAAGUACAACUACAACCACGACGAGCACUUCCACAACAACUACUACCACUACAUCUACAUCUACUAGCACAACUACGACCACUUCAACGUUUACAAGUACUACCACAACUACUUCCACAUCCACAAGCACGACAACCACUACCACGACUUCGACUUUUACCACAACACCUACAACCACUUCAACAUCUACUACGUCCACAAGUACAAGCACAACUACCGCAACAUCUACCACAACCACCUCAACGACGACGUCAACAAGUACCACCAGCACCUCAACCACCACUACCACCAGUACCACGACAACAAGCACAAGUACAAUCACAUCAACCACAACUACAACGACCACUACAACAUCAACCACAACGACUCGACCAGGGCAUCAAUGUUUAUCCAUCAAGAAUACCGAAGGCUAUUCGGUCACAGAACAUGACCUGUGGAGCACCAGCUUUAAAGUCUCAGUGCAAUGUGCAGCUGGUUUCCACGGAAAGCCAAAGGCUAAGCCUUGCUUGGACGAAUCAGAGUAUGAACUGGAAGGUUGCGAAAAGAUCCUUCACUGCAUCGCUCCGAAGGAGUCUACGGGCUACGAAAUUAAUGAGGAGGGAAUUACUGCUCACGACUUCAAGGUCAAGGCAACCUGUACAGAGGGCUACUCUGGCACAGCAAAGGUUGACCCUUGCCUGGUGGACAAUGGGCCCUACACGUUGAGCGGCUGUGAAAAGACCGUUCUUUGCUUAACACCAAAGAUCACAGAGGGCUAUCAGGUCACCGAAAGCUCUUUGGAGAGACGAUCCUUCAGCGUGACAGCCACAUGCGCACCUGGCUAUCUUGGCGAAGCUGCAGUGGAGGCAUGUGGGGAAGGAGCACCCUACGCGCUCAGAGGAUGCGAACCGGAUAGAAGGACGUGCGGGGUUCCUGAAGACACCACCGGGUACAUUUUGCAAGCAAGAUCGCUUCAAUUCUUCAACUUUCAAGUGGCGGCCAGCUGCGCGGAUGGCUUCAGUGGAAAAGCCUUUGUGGAGCCAUGCACGGCGCACGGUGAGGCCUUCAAAGUUGCAGGCUGUAGCAAGAUUUCAUAUUGCUCCAGUCCAGUGGAUCAAAGAGGCUAUGCAAUCACUGAGAUGAGCAAAACCAUUCAAGGGUUCCAGGUGGAGGCAAAGUGCGCCGCGGGCUACUUCGGCAAGCCUUCUGUGACAGUUUGCACAAAAGAACACCAGCCAUACGCACUAAGUGGAUGCACGCUUGCCAAAGCCUGCAAAGGACCAACAGACUCUGAGGGUUACAAAAUCACAGAGGUGGACGUCCAGCUGCAUCAGUUCAGCGUGACGGCCAAGUGUGCAGAUGGCUUCAUUGGGGAAGCAAGUGUGGCACCUUGCACAGACAACAUGCAGGAAUACAGGUUGAGUGGUUGCACGCCCAUCUCUACAUGCGUUAGCCCCAAAGAUGCGCACGGUUAUAUCGUCGACGAACAGGCAUUGACAUCACAUGCCUUGGAGGUUUCAGUCAGAUGCGCAUCCGGUUUUUCGGGAAAGCCAACAGCCACAGCAUGCGAAGAACAUUUGAAGCCGUACCUUCUGUCUGGAUGUUACAAGGAUGGUGACACUUGCAAAGAUCCAGCAGAUAGCACUGGCUAUCUUUUGACUGAGAAUGAUUUGAAGGCAAAGAGUUUUGAUGUUGCCGGGCGAUGCGCUUCAACGCAUGUGGGCAGCGCGAAAGUGAUUCCUUGUAGCUCCGAUCAGACAGAGUACAGAUUGGCUGGCUGUGAGCCUGCAACUGUGUGCAAAUCCAGCCCAAGUGCUGAGGGCUAUGAAGUCACAGAAAGCAGUCUUCAUGUCCAUCCUUUCCGGUUUGACGUGAAGGCAACGUGCAAACCUGGUUAUGUCGGCACAGCUGCAGUUACUCCUUGCACCGAGCCGAAUGAAGCAUAUGUGCUGAGUGGAUGCACCAAAGACAAUGUUGUUUGCUCUCGACCCAAGAGCGAUGGGUACAAAUUGGCGGAAAAGUUGCUCACACGAAGCCUUUUCGAUGUCAGUGCUGAAUGUCAGCCUGGCUACUCUGGGACUGCAGCCGCCAUCCCAUGCUCUGCAACAGGUGGAGAUUAUAUACUUGCCGGUUGCAGACGGAUUGAGAAGUGUGUGUCUCCUUCGAACACAGAUGGCUACAACCUGGACGAAGUGGAUCUUCGAAUGGACCGGCUGAUGGUGCAUGCACAGUGCAUUGAAGGUUACAUUGGUGCCUGGAAGAAAAGAUUGGCUGAAAAUCAAUGGUGUGCGGAAAGUAUGCUUCGUUGAAUUGAACUUGACACGGAAAAGAUCGUAAAAGUUUAGCUGAUUUGGUUUCUUUGACUUCGACUAGGCAAUCCAGUGAUCAGUCCCUGCGCGAGUCGUGGAGAAGCCUACAGCCUCAGCGGUUGUAAUCCAGUCGAGAUAUGUAUAGCGCCGUUGGACACCACAGGCUACUUGGUUUCUGAGACCAGCACGCGCAUCCAUGACUUUUCAGUCGCUGCAAAGUGUGCUCCAGGUUUCGUUGGCACAGCUGUGAUCUCACCCUGUGAGACAAACAACCAGCAUUACCAGCUUGAAGGUUGUGAAAAGGCAAAGUGAGAGCAUGCAUUGAGAAUCCUCGAUGCCUCAACUGUUGCCAAUUUUCAUGCUGCAAACCCACGUAUUCUGCAUGAGUGACACUGAACAUUGAUCACUCUGGGUAGGGAUUGGUUUCAUCUCAUAAACUCUGCUGUGUGACUAUGUGUUUUACAAGUCGUGCAUUCUGGCACGUGUUCGCUUGCGACAAGCUGACUCAAGCAGUCAUGGACUGGCAGCCAGUGCAAAGCAACUGGCGUCGUAGCUACCAAAAUUGAAUUGCUCUCUGUUGUGCAUUUGCGAUGUGCAUCUCCGAGCUUCAAGCUAUCAGAUUCGAAAAGGCAUUGAACUACAUUGACUCUAUCCCUUGGCGUGUGGCUUAUCCUUUUGGCUCCAACUUUUGUGGACAAGCCAAG